AUGUCCGACCCGUCCUCCUCGACACCCAGCCUCACGCCUCAGUCCACUGGAACCCAGGAUUCCUCCCCCAGCAUUUCAGCGAAGAAAUCACGUCGUCAGGUUGCCUUCUAUCCGAACCACAAUGCGAUCAAUAAACCGCAGAAACCGUUCAGCAGAAGCGCAGCGAAAAGGGAGAGCGUGAUGGCUCUGGGCAGCAUUGAGCACCUGCAACACUAUUUCACAAAGACUGGGAUCGCUGCGAAGAAGGAAUCUAAGCAGCAGAGGAAGGGCCUUGUGCCAGCAUUGGGCGGCGCAAACCAUAUGAAGGGACCUUCAUCUCUGGGGAGCAUUCUAGAAUUCGAACUGCCGCCUUCUCCCGUUAUACCCAUGAUACAACGACCUGCAUAUCCUCCGUAUGUCAAGACCUACGAGACAGAUCCGGAAAACCUCCGACCAGCCGUCAUCGAGGAUCUGAUCGCUGUCGAGCAUGCGUGGCGACUUACAGAUCUCGAGCAGGACACGGAGCCAGAUCCCGGACUGCUUGGGGUGGACAAAACGCGUUCGUCUACUAAUCUCGAUGUGCUAACCCUACUGAAGACGACCACCUACACGAUCCGGUCCGUGCGAAACUAUCUCGUCUCUCUCCCUGACGAAACCGUCGACUCUCACCGACAGCACUUCCGCCCAGCCUCUCUGGCCUCGAGCGCGCCCGCGCCCAAGCGUCUCGUUUCACAACCAAACGACCCAUCGGACCCCUUGACAUUGAUCCGGCGCUCCGCGCUUGAUGUGCUGACAGUAUUGCGUGCGCUGGAAGAAUCUUCCCGAUUACCCCUUUCGGACGACGCGUAUGAUGCGCAAAGCGACCACGGAUCACACCAGGGCUCACGCGUCGCCUCCCCAUCUCAUUUCUUAGAGGAUAACGAGCAUGAAGAAGUGGAUGCUGAAACCUCUUUCGCGUUCUCAGUUGUUCAAGUACAGGGACGGAACGACUCAGUCUUAGUCUGGGAAGAAGAGGAUGCGGAUAUGAAUCCCGCGAGCGAGGAAGGGAAAGAGACAAAAGAAGGAUGGGAUGAUCGUGUCCUCGCUGGUGGUUGGUUGUAUAAGCAGGACGUGAAGUUGGACGCAGUGAAGAAGGAACAGGAGGUAGUGGGGUAUUAUUUGAAUGUGGUGGAUGAGGUGUUAUUCGGCGGGCGGAAGGGGGGUACAAGGGGGUGGGAUAGGGAGCGAGACAAGCUCGCAAGGAAAGAGGUUGAACGAGACGAGCGAUCCAAAAGCCGACGUGUGAGUGCACCUACCGAAAUGUUGAGCGGUGAAGGGGGAAUAGGGCACAAAGCAAGACGGGUUGUCUCGAUGGACAUGAUGAACACGAUGCGGGUCACAGAGGAGCCCGAAGAAAUGGAUGCUGUUGAGGAAGACGAAGAAGGUUACGGUCCGAGUGUGCAAGAUGAGGACUUACCGGAGUGGGCGAAACGGACCUCGUUUGCGGAGAACUCGUUGUCGCGCGCACAUGCCCUGCUCAUUUCCCUCUUGCCUACCAACUUGCUAGCACUCCUGCCGCGUGAGCUCGAUCGUACAGAGCUGUUGCUGACGCUAUCAUCGGGGCAGGCGCUAUGUGUAGCCUACAACGUUGGUGUCCGUCGCUCGCGCAAACCUUGGGGAUAUAUCAGCAAAGAGGCGAUCCACGAUAUCUUGGCUCUAGAACAGGCGCAGUCUGCUUCGGGCGAGAAUGAGGAUAAGGGGCGAAAAGGAUGGACUUUCCGACGUUCGGACAAUCUGCGUCUAUGGGCUGCCGCUCUCAAGCUUCGCUAUCUCAUACCCAUAGUCGCCCCCUCUCCGCCGCUUGGGUCAGCCAUUAAACCAUCCUCAUCAGAUUCAACUCCGAUGACUUCUCCCUUACCGUCAACUAUCAAAUUUCCUAACACGGAACCCCAAGUGUACUUCGACGCACGAACCGUCGCACGGAGAGACGAAGGUUGGGAAGAAAUGUUGGAACAGAUUCUGGAAAGAUGGGUACAGGCUGUUGUUGAUGAACGAAGGGCGCAGCACUGA